AUGAAAUUCCAACCGAUGUUCGUAUUUCUGAUUGCCAGUUUGACCACUGGAGUCUAUGCUCAAACACCAUGUACCGUCAGUCUUAUUGGUCAGUCUACUUAUAAAAUCAAUGGUCAAUCUGGCUGCGUCAGACUUGGUCCGACAAAUCUCAUAGGUGUAGCCAGGGCUGCCAACAACGUUGGUUUCAAACUUUACAAUGAUGUAAACUGCAAAGGACUCAUGUUCACCGGCUCUGGAGUCGCCGCCUUUAAUCCUCAGUUGCGGAUCAAGUCUGUCGAAUUAAUAUGCUAG